CAAGGAUGCGGGUGCGGAGCCCGUUGCCGACACCCAUCAGCGCAGCUUUCUCUCUCCCAUCGACCUCGGCAGGAUUACGGGUAAUGCGGCCGUCAGAGAACUCUGCUCCAUCUCACGCGCAAGAUCGCCCUAAGUGUACGAAUCGAUAUAUCAUGGACGCCUCUCUUAGCUCCCUUGUCGUCCAAGUACGAUCUCCUGCUCCAGCAGCACCUCUCACAGAAUGGGCCUUCCCACCGUAGCAGCAGCCAUUGCGGGUGGCCUCGCUACCGCCGCCUACCUCGAUGCCAAAUUCCUCGUCCGCCAUGAUCUCAGUUCAGGCACGUUGGCUGCCAACCAGAAGAGCGCAAUGGCCUUCACCAUGGAGAGGUACCAGACGAACAGGAUGCUCAUGUACCACGUCUUUGAGGAACAUGCCACGGGGAAGAACGCAGACAAUCUAUUCCUCAUCUUCGAGAACCGAUCGUGGACCUACAAGCAGUUCUUCGAUGACUUGCACAAGGUGGCCAACUGGUUGAUGAAAGAUUUGGGCAUCAAGCCUCAAGAAAUCGUCGCCUUGGACGGUGGGAACAGCCCCGAGUAUCUCAUGCUGUGGUUCGCCGUCGAAGCCAUCCAUGCCUGUCCCGCCUUCAUCAACUGCAACCUGACAUCUGGCCCGCUCACACACUGCGUCAAGCUAUGCGACGCACGGUUUCUGAUCGCAGACCGCGCCACACAAGAUCUCGUACAGCCGUGUGAAGGAGACCUCCAAGCUUCGGGCAUACAAAUAGUCUACUACGACGAACCCUUUUUCGCUUCUCUGACAGACACCACUCGAAUCCCCAAAUCCCUUCACCAAGGAAUCCUGCCCACCGAACUCGGUGGUCUUAUCUACACAUCAGGCACAACGGGCAUGCCCAAGGGUGUGAUUAUGCUUCGUGGCCGCGAACUCAACACCGCCCGGAGUAUUUCGACGUAUCUCAAGCUCAAGCCCCAUAACCGCAUGUAUACCUGCCUGCCCCUGUACCACGGCGCCGCGCACGGCCUGUGCCUAACGCCCUCGAUCUUCGCCGGAGCCACCGUCGUCCUCAGCCGGAAAUUCUCCCACAGGACGUUCUGGCCAGAAGUCCGCGCCUCCAAGGCCGACAUCCUCCAGUACGUGGGUGAACUCUGCCGGUAUCUCAUAAACGCCCCGCCCAGUCCGCUGGACAGAGAGCACAACGUGAAGAUGGCAUGGGGGAACGGCAUGCGGCCGGACGUUUGGGAAAACUUCCGGCAGCGCUUCGGAAUCGAGACGAUCAACGAGCUGUACGCGGCCACGGAUGGCCUGGGCGCGUCUUUCAACGCGAACAAGGGCGAGUUUGGCAAGAACGCCAUCGCCAUGCGCGGGCUGUAUUGGAAACUCACCAACGGCGCCAAUGAGAAGAGAGUCAAGAUCGACAUCGACACCGAGGAGAUCCUGCGCGACGAGAACGGCUUCGCGAUCAUCUGCAAAGACGGCGAGCCCGGCGAGGUGGUGCACCGGAUGGAUCCGGCCACCGCGGACACGGUGUUUGCGGGAUACUACAAGAACAAGUCGGCCAGCAACAAACGCAAGAUCCAGGAUCUGUUCCAGAAGGGCGAUCUGUGGUUCCGCAGCGGCGACAUGAUGCGCCAGGACCCCGACGGGUGUGUCUACUUCGUCGACCGGCUGGGUGACACGUUCCGGUGGCGCAGCGAGAACGUGUCAACCAACGAAGUCUCGGACGUGCUGGGCAAAUUUCCCCAGAUCGCCGAGGCGAACGUGUACGGCGUGCAGGUGCCCCACGCGGACGGCCGCGCCGGGUGCGCCGCGAUCGUGCCCAUCGAGUCCAUCACCUCCGCCGACCAGCUCGACCUCGCCGGCCUGGCGGAGCACCUGCUCUCGACGCUUCCGCGGUACGCCGUGCCCAUCUUCCUGCGCGUCGUGCCUCAGCUCGAGUACACGGGCACGAUGAAGCUGCAGAAGGGCCGCCUGCGCGCCGAGGGUGUCGACCUGGACAAGAUCGAGGCCGCCCGCCCCGACGACCGCCUGUUCUGGCUCCCCCCCGGCGGCGCCAAGUACGAGCCCUUUGGCCGAAAACAGUGGGAGGAGCUGAAAGCCGGCAAGGUCAGGCUGUAGACGCUGUGUGCUUGCUACAUACGAGUUCAUUGUAGAUGGCUAUGUAGAUGGUGGAGUGGGAUAGAUGAUGCGCCUGAUGGGGCUGGCGACUUAUAUAGGUAGGCACAUGCCUGCUAGAGAGCUAAUGAUACAGUGCCAUCCUCAACCCCUCCCUACUCUCUCAGAAAGAGUUGAAUGGCAGGACACGUCUGGAUGAUCAAGGGGUGUUCCAAGGAGGGGGAAUGCAAAAGGGGAGUUAGAUCGACACGGCGUAGUUGAUCGAGCUACCUCGGUAGGCAAGGCUGCGCUAAGCUGGACUGGGAUUCUGAUGCACAGCGGAUUGUAGCAAGGCAC